AUGGACCCUGUAAAUCCCAACCAAAAGGCCCGAACCACGCAGCAAUACGCCUUGUUUCAGCGGAAGAACUUUUGGAAAUCCAAUGAGGGCGAAGUACCAGUGUUCAACACAGAACCGGGCAAACUCGAAGAAUUAGCAAAGGAGAAACUCAGCCAAGGUGGCUGGUUCUACGCGUCUUCAAAUGCCGGCCAAUCGCACACCCAUACCGUAAACAGACAAGCGUUCUACCGACAUCGAAUUAUUCCGCGUAUGCUGGUAGAUACCAACCAGCGCGACACUGCGACCGAGAUCUUUGGACACAAAGUGCCUGCGCCGAUUGCAUUUGCGCCUGUUGGUAUCAACAAGAUCUACAACCCAGAGGGCGAGCUACCCGUAGCAAGAGCCGCAGGCGCCUUGGGGCUACCAUACUGUCUCUCGACAGCAGGCUCACAGAGCAUAGAGGACGUAGGCCAUGCCAACGAUGAGGGCGUGAGGAAAGGACAAGGCGACACAGGUACCGCUGCCGGUGGCGGCGAGAAGGGGGUGAGAUUCUUCCAGCUCUACAUGCCGCACAAUGAUGAGCUCACUCGAUCGCUCCUCCAACGUGCCGUGAGCAGCGGCUUCACAGCCUGCAUCCUGACGCUUGACACUUGGCAGCUUGGAUGGCGGCAUGACGAUGUCGCAAAUUCAAAUUACGCCUUCUACCACGGGCUUGGUGCGGAUCUGGGCCUUACUGAUCCCGUCUUCCAGAAGAGGCUCAAGGAAAAGGGCAUUGACCCCAAGACACAGCCCAACGAAGCUGGCGCGCUCUGGAUCGAUAACGUAUGGCAUGGACGCGCGCAUACGUGGGAGAAGGCUGUGUGGGCGAUGAAACUAUGGAAGGAGCUCAGUGGUGGCAAGCCGUUUUCUUUGAAGGGCAUUCAGAGUGUGGACGAUGCGAAGAAAGCUGUUGAUCUGGGCUUCGAUGGCAUCGUAGUCAGCAACCACGCUGGAAGACAAGUCGAUGGCGCGGUCGCAAGUCUUGAUGCUCUUGAGAAUAUUGUUGAUGCUGUCGGCGACAAAAUCUACAUCAUGUUCGACUCUGGCGUCCGUUCCGCAUCCGACGUCUUCAAAGCGCUCGCUCUGGGCGCAAAGUUCGUAUUCGUUGGCCGUCUGUGGAUCUGGGGCCUUUCGAUCAUGGGCGAGACGGGAGUUGACCAUGUUAUGCGCGGUCUACUAGCUGAUCUGGACAUCUUGAUGAAUGUUGGAGGGUUCAAGAAUGUCGGAGAGAUUACGAAAGAUGCGCUGGAGAGUGGACCGAAGAGUUAUCCGCUUAUGCAUACAGCUAGUAAGCUGUAG